AUGGGCAAUUUGCAACCCUCCCCGUCGCCGUUCGAGCUCGGCGCGUUCCUCCCCGGGGGGCACAAAACCGACCCCGCGCUCCCGGAAAAUAGCCCCACGGCCGGGUUCAAACUCAACCACUUUAUGCUUCGCAUCCGCGACCCACAGCGCUCUCUCCAUUUCUAUAUCGACCUCAUGGGCAUGCGCACUGUCUUUACCAUGAACACUGGGCCUUUCACCAUCUAUUACCUGGGUUAUCCAUCUACCGCAGAAGAUCGUGCCGACCUCCCCGCUUGGUCCGACAAAGUGGCAAAUCCCCACAAUCUCACGCAAACCCUAGGUCUACUAGAACUAUAUCACAUCCACGGGUCUGAAAAGCCCACCGCUGAUGGUGGCUACGAGGUCUCCACGGGAAACGCGCCUCCUAGCCUAGGAUUUGGACAUUUGGGUUUUACAGUUCCUGACGUUCCAGCCACACUUGAGCGGCUAAAGAACGCGGGAGUCCCUGUUAUCAAGGACUUGGGUAUUACUACUCGCGAAACUAUACCUCUAAGCUCCUGGGAGGAGGAACGUGGUGUGGGUGUGGGAGAAAUUCAUCCUAAUUACAAAGCUGUGUUCGAUCAGAUUGCGUUUGUUGCGGACCCGGAUGGGUACACAGUAGAGCUUGUUCCCCAGGGCAUGAAUUAG